UUCUCCUUCACCAAGCAUGAGAUUUUAAGAGAAUUGGUGUGAGCUUGGUGGUGAAUAUGGUGGUCGGAGGCGGUUUUAUGAAAUGGGUUUUAGUUAUUUUAGCGAUUCUGGACCGAGUUAACUCGGUCUCUGCUAACUGUCAUUUCAGUGUCGUUGAUGAUAACAAGCUCUACGACUACAGCUUGGGCUCUCCCAUCCACUUAUUCCCUCAUGGCGUUCAAAGCGAAGAUGGAUUCUACAAGGUGGCAGCAAAUGAGACUGUGCUCUGGUUUCAGCUUUGCGAUGGAAUGAUUUUCAAUCACGACCCACCUAGAUGCGUCGAUUGCUGGGAUUGUGGGGGGCCAUCACGCUGUGGCAUGGGUUGUAGUGCGCUUGUGGCAAACAACAUAGGAGGUUAUGAUGUGUGCACUACCAUUGGGCGUGCCUCGAGCAUUGACAUUAACAUAAUUGACAAGAAGAAUCCUAACAGUGGUGUCAUUGUUAAGAUGUCAAAUAGUGGCCUAAAGCUCAACUGUUCGCUCUCUGUGUCUGUAAUUUGUGAUCCAAAUAGAGUUCAGGGGCCACAUUCACUGGAGAAAACUGGGAAAUGUGACUACGCUACAGUGUUAACGCAUCCUUCUGGUUGUGCCAAGGUCGUACAUGUUCAUGGACACUGGUGGGGCUGGUUUGGCACCUUAGGAACCAUAGUCUUAUGCCUUUUUGGAGCAUAUCUGCUGGCUGGGGCAGUUUAUCGAUAUUUCAGUCUUGGAGUUCGUGGAAUACACGUUAUUCCAAACUUGGACUUUUGGACCAGCGUACCUCAGAGAACACAGAGUCUGUUUGCAUCUUUAUUCCGCAAAUUUAGGGGAUCUUCUUCUCAAGGUCAUCGAAGCUCGUAUUCUCCUGUCAACUUCUGAGCAUACAGAAUACAGAUGUUUGUUUUAGAUUAAGCUGGUGAAUUCAUUUUGUAUCAUCUCUACUCUGCCAUCAACAUUUAGAAAACAAGAGAAAUGGGUCAGUGUGCAGACAACAGCCUUGUCAAAGCUAGCACUUAAGCUCAAUAUGCGCCAUACACCAUAAUAGAAAGGGUGUUUUUUCCAUCUCACCUAUGCUUUCCAUCUCUCUUUUUGUUCUUUCUCCAUAAGUCAUAUUUUAUUUGUAAUCUAAAAACAUCCUUACCAAGUACUUAUUUGUUAUUUCCCCUCUUACGUUGUGUCAGCUGCUGUUCAGGCAAUUUUGGAUGUAUUGUUUGCAUAUGGAUCUUAAUCUUUCUAUAGAUAAAAUUGAUAAAUGAGAACAUUGGAUUUUGA